GCAGCAGCUCUGGCCUCCUCUCGGCUGCGGGAGCCUCUGCUCCAAUGCCCCAGAGUGGCCAUGAGCGCCCCGCACUGGUGGGACCAGCUGCGGGCUGGCAGCUCGGAGGUGGACUGGUGCGAGGACAACUACACCAUCGUGCCUGCCAUCGCCGAGUUCUACAACACGAUCAGCAACGUCUUGUUUUUCAUUUUACCGCCCAUCUGCAUGCGCUUGUUCCGUCAGUACGCAACGUGCUUCAACAGCGGCAUCUACCUAAUAUGGACUCUCUUAGUUGUGGUGGGAAUUGGAUCCGUCUACUUCCAUGCAACUCUUAGUUUCCUGGGUCAGAUGCUAGAUGAACUUGCAAUCCUCUGGGUUCUGAUGUGUGCUUUGGCCAUGUGGUUCCCCAGAAGGUAUCUACCGAAGAUCUUUCGCAAUGACAGGGGCAGGUUCAAGGUGGUGGUCUGCGUCCUGUCUGCUGUUACAACGUGCCUGGCAUUUGUCAAGCCCGCCAUCAACAACAUCUCUCUGAUGACCCUGGGGGUUCCCUGCAUGGCGCUGCUCAUUGCUGAGCUAAGGAGGUGUGACAAUGUGCGUGUUUUUAAGCUGGGCCUCUUCUCCGGCCUCUGGUGGACCCUCGCCCUCUUCUGCUGGAUCACUGACCGGGCCUUCUGUGAGCUGCUGUCGUCCGUCCACUUCCCCUACCUGCACUGUGUAUGGCUACGCUUGGGGGGUGCUCUGCGCCUGUCCCCCCGAAGAAUGCCUGGAAGACAUUCCUUGUGGAUCAGAGAUGUCCUUUUGGGAGACUAAGCAUGAUGGUCAUCAAGCACAGGAUCUGUAAAAACACCAUCACCUAUGCUAUUUAUUGGACUUCUCAGGUAUGUAAAAACUUCUCAUUCAUUAUGCUUACGUGAGCUGGCGCCAUUCUGGAGGCUUCAGAACUGAGGGGUGAGCCUCCCCUGACUGUUCAUCGCUCGGGGCCGAUGUGGAACCAUCUGCCUGGGGGACAGGUGAGCUCGCCUGGCUACAGCCUCCCUCAGAGCUCCUGGUUCCCAAAUGAACCUGGAACCCCUAAUAGUCAGCUCUUUGCCUGGUUGCUGCUGAUCCAGCUGGUCAAAGAGAAGUCUUGGGCUAGGUUGGGAUUCUCGAUGGAUUUUGUAGACAUCAUUUUCCUACAGAUUUUUUAAUGGCCCCUACUUCAAAGAACUCCUUGUUUGAAUCGUAGCUUUCCCUGUUUGUUAAACCAGUUCUGAGAGGAUUUUGUAACCACAGUAUGUAAUUAGAGCAAAUAGAUACAUAUUUUCAGGUAUAUACCCUGUUCUGUACUUUAUAUAUGGUGUUCUGCAGAAGGGUAGCGGGCCCACUGGCUGUGGUAGCAUUUAAACUCUGUUACAUUGGGAGUAACUGAAGGCCUUUUGAAAUGGAGCUUGUGCACUUUAUGCUCUUUUUGUGAAUUGACUGUGAUGGCUAUGUUUGAUAUUAAAGCCCUAGGGGGCAUUUUUCUGUGAAUGAAUAGGUAUAUGUUUGUUUAUUUCCAAAAUGAUUUCUGCAACAGCUGCUAUGAGAAAUACAUUNACUGACUGAACUGAAGGUACAUUUGCUCAAACUCAUUUAUUAAUGAAUUUGGGUAUCAUUCUUAUUAAUCAUACUUAAAAUGAGUAUAUUUAAUACUAAUUAAACUUGCUAGUUAAUCAUUGGUUUCUUCUUAGAGCUGUGAAAUUAAUACACUUACAUAUUUCCAGUAUAAAAGUACCUAGAGGCAGUUUAUUGAAAGGUCUGUAGUUAUGUCAGAUGGAUAUAAAAUCUCAAAUGCAGAAAACAUUUCAUUUAAGCUGCAGUGCAUCCAGUCACUGGAAGGAAGGUCAUAUAACAAUAUAAAAUAGUAAAUGAAUUUAGCAGGAAAAUUCUGUAUAUCUGUUUUUCUUAAUUUCCUGUGACCAUUGUUUUUAAAUUAAGGGAUUCAUAGGCAAUCCUAUUUAUAAGAAUAAUGUGACUAUGAGAAGAGAAAGAUUGAGUGGUCAGCAGUAUCAGCAGUGCUGCCGUGGUCGUAGACAUUUUUUUCUGGCCAGGAUGAGGGGAUGAGGGGUGGCCACUGAGGUCUUUGAUAAUCUGCUAUAAGCAGUGGGUCUUCUCCCUAGGAAAAUGGCCAUACAGAGAAUUACUUGGGUAUUCAGAUGUCCCGAGAAGCCAUCCAGGUAGAGAAUGUGCGACAUGACAUGAAGCCAGGAUUCACCUCCUUUCUGGUGGUGAAAUUGAGGUCUCCAUAGCUCAGCAUUCCUGACUGCCCUCCAAGACCAAUCCCAGCCCCCUUCUCCUGUGAGGACUUUCCAUCACGAGGGAAAACUUACACCGUAAGAGUUGAACAAAUUUGAAAUUUACAUCUUCCUCAAGCCUCUGGUCCUGGUUUAUACUUCCAGAUUCUCCUUAAAUGCUAUCUGGAUCUGCCGUAUUUUUACACUGUGGACAUUUUUCCAGAAUAAAAAAAUGUUUUUAAAUAUGGUAUUUGGGUUCUCGUCCUCUGCUCUCUCUGGAGCGGAGCUCAGCCUCCUCCUCUGGUCCCACUUUAAAGGGGCUGGCAGCCCCUUUCCCCAGUUUACAGUUACCUU